GCAGCAUUGGCAUGGGAAUGCUCGCCUCGCGGUAGUGCCCAUAUGACCCUGCCAACUGUCGUCGUCUCUCGCGGCUCAAAGCGGACGACAGGGGCUAGCAAGCAAGCAAGCAAACAAGGUAAUCCUAUGCCGGUGACUUCGGCGAUGAUGGAUAUGUCGAGCAGCGGGCGUGGGGUACGCAGCUAGCAAGCGCGGACCGUAACAUGACCUUGCUUUACGGUAUGCUUGCUUUCCCCACGCGAGCCGACCGGCUCACCGAUACCGGAGCUACCCUCUACCACUCUCUGCGUGCCGACCUUUCAGCGACCAAAUCAAAGCCGCCAAGGGUGAAGCCAAGUUCGGAGUGGCGCCUGCGACUGCAAAGCGUCCCGACGUCGUGCGUGGUACGUCGUCCACUUUCGUCCGCUCAGUCGUUGCGUUACACAUCCUUGACACUCUACGCACAAAGGCUGUUCGGGCUAAGAAGGAUUCGUUCUCUCGUUCGUCUGGUCUGUGUCGUGUGGCAUGGUCUGGAACUGCCGGAGCUUCCACAGUCACGCGGGCGGGACAAAGGAUUCGACGAGGCUUGCUGGGUCCAUUUUCCGUUGGCCAAUUGGAUCAGGGACCACUUCGAAAUUGAUCUACCGACGAAGGGUUUCAGGAAUUGCCGUAGACGCCGCUCACGCCGGCCCUCCGCUGUAAUGGUUGGCAGAAGCUAGCUGUGCGGUGAUGGCGGAUGGCAGCGGCGCGCAGAGAGAGAGAGAGGGAGAGGAAGACUUCCCACGCUCUGGCCAUUUCCGUGAUCACUUCU